CCAACAGUCAGACGGGGGGAGCACACACACAGCCACACAUGCACAGGACGCAAACAGAGUGCAGCCCAGGACCAAGAUAGACAACUGAGAGAGAGAGAGAAAUCCUCUUCUCUACCACUGAGUUUAGUGUGAGGAGGUUCAAGCAAUUUAUUCUGACUGAGUGGAUUGCAUUUCAUACCAUGGGAGGACAAGCUGAAAUGGAAGAAGAAACCAACAAACACUAUCUGUAAAGGACCACAUUUCAAACUGGAUUAUUGGGCUUUCCUCUCUCAAUCUUUGGCAUGGUGAUGUCCUAAAUUACUAGCACGUAUUGAAGAGGCUGCUUGUUCUGGACCACAGUGGGCUUUGAGGGUCUUUCUCUGAGUGCGAGUGAGUGUGUGUGUGUGUGUGUGUGUGAGAGGGAUCAUGUCAAAAGGACAUUUCACUCGCCUGUUGAGGGGACUUUGGGUACUGUGGCUGUGGCAAGCUGAUCUUGUGUCGGGUAGUAAGCUCUGGGAGGUACCCAUAGCCCUCUUUGGAUCUUUGUCCAACCACACGACUAGCCUGGAAUGGGAGCCACAGUGUCAGUAUCCCCACCUGCAGGACGGCAUCAGAAUCACAGCCGACAUUCCCCCAAGACUGGAGGGCAGCUGGGUGUCAACAAGAUGUGAAGUUCGGCCUGGCCCUGAGUUCCUGACCCGUUCCUACACCUUCUACCCAAGCCGCCUGUUCAAAGCCCUGCAACACUACUACACUGACAGUGGGUGCGAGGAGCCCGCAUACUCUCUGGUGGUCCGGGGCAAGCUCCGUCUGCGCCAGGCGUCCUGGAUCACCMGGGGUGCCACCAAGACCGAGCACCACCUCCACAAAGUGGGCAUUGUCAUCCACAGCCCAGGUGCAAUGCACCAGCUGGCCGCCCGUCUACCCUCCAUGUGUGUGGRCCUCACCUUGGGUGGCAUGGUGCCCGGGCGCCUGUACGAGCUGUACAACGCCCGGGCAGGGAGGGACUGUCUGGGUGCCUCGGGGUACUCAAUGAUGGAGUUGGGCUUGGUGAGAGUGGAGACCCAGCAUCAGCCCCAUGGAGGUCUGGUUCAGGAGCUCUUCCUUGGGGACGUGCACACAGACUGGACCCAGAGGACAUACUAUCGACCAAUGGGCUACCAGCAGCCACUGCAGAAUGCUAUGCACCACAUCCACCCCUGCCCAGCGUGCGCCUUGCUGUUCCGGGCCUCAGAACAGCGCCCCCCCGUGUUACCCCAUGUCCCUGCAGCAACGCCUCUGUCCUUGGACGGCCGAUGGGUGAGCCAACGCUGCGAAGCCCGGCCCGCCGUCCUCUUCCUCACCCGAGACUUCACCUUCCACCCAGAUGAGCAUUCMUGGGAAGGCCUCUACCGCCACUACUCGGAACCCACUUGCAGCCAGCCCACCUUCACCCUGCGGGCUUCGGGCCACUACGCCCAGGGAGGCCCCUCAGCCAAAGUGGCGGGAGGGACUGAGUUCGUCUUCAAGGUAACCCGGGUCAGAGUCACCGUUCUGGAAGGCGCCACGGCCAGGGUGCUCAACGAGACCAGGCGGGGCAGCUGCGGGAAGGCGGGGGGGUGGGAGGUGGGAGURGAGCAGGACGUGACCCCCACGGAUGGGUGUACCGUCCUGGGGAUCAAGCUGCCGCACAAGGAGUACGAGCUGUUCAAGACGGAGCUGGACCAUCGACGGCGCACUCUGCUGUUCAUCGGGGAGAGGCCGACGGAUGGCUCCAGCCCUGACCGGCCCCAGAAGAGGCCCACGUCUUACCAGGCCGCCCUGGUGCAUUGUAGCGAGGAAGACACCCCCACGUCGCMACGCCACACCAACCAGCUCAAGCUAGCAGCUAGUGGAACCAAUAACCUACCACGGCUCCCUUGUUUUGUCCUAGUACUGGUCUCUUUACUGUGGGGUUGGUACUGUGUGUUCUAGAGACAAACUGAACAUUGGAGAAGAACACACAAACGAUGGUGGAGCUGCUYGCGGUCUAUAAGGAAACUCCAUGUGCUCCUCCUCAAUAUCAAGAUAAUGCCAGACCACAUAAUAAAUGGCCAAAGCCAUCUUCAAGCAAACUGUACAUAGACUGUCAGUGUAUUCAUGUUGCAUAUCUAUCAUAUUAUAUGUGUAUCAUUUUGUUUUCUUUUACACCGGAGAUGCCUUUUGGCAAAUGUUUAAGUCAUGUAAGCGCUCCUUUUCUAAAGAGUGGCAGAUUCAGACUUAAGAAAGGYGUGCAUUUACYAUGUACUUCUCAGUAUUUGGUAUUCAGACUUACCUUAUUCCGUCACGUAACGCGCUCUGCAGGUGUGGCUACCUUCCACGCUCCCAAUAAAUGUAAUUAAUCCAAUGAAAACCCUCCCCACUUGCUGGCCAACAGAUUUUCUCAUGGAAUUUUCAUUCAAUAGGGUUUUCACAUAGAUAAUGAUAGAGGCUUCUAGCUGCCAAAAGGCCCUAUACGCAUGGGCAGCACCAUUGAGGGCUUCCACCAUUUUAAURUAGUCAACUUGGUGGGACUUCCAACUUCAU